GGUCCGAAAGGGCGUGGGUUCGAAUCCCACAGCUGACAUUUUUUUUCCCCCUCCCUCCAAAAUUUCAAGACCUAAUUUGGGUACAAAUAGAGAAGAUAAAAUUUUGAAUUUUGAGCUAUGAAAUCAACAAUCACGAGCUUCCCAAAACCCAAAUCAUACAUGUAUUUUUUCAGCUUGAAACAUCCCAGAAAUCCUUUGAUUUUUUAUGCUAAAUCAACCCUUUUCAACAGGCUUCACACUCACCCUUCUUUCUCUCCCGGAGAGAUUGUGGGGCCCAUGUUCUCCGGCAAGACCACCACCACUGUCUCGCCAAGACUCCCUCCUCUCACCAGAUGUUCGCAGGAUGAGGCCAACAAACACUUCAUGUAUUUGGACAAAACGUUGAAAGGUUUGAUAUACUCGGGAAGGCUGGUACAUGCAAUUGAUUUGUUGUGUCGCUCAGAGGUGGCAGUGGAAUCUCAAACAUAUCGUCUUCUUUUGCAAGAAUGCAUAUUUAAGGGAGACUAUAGUAAAGGAAGAAGAAUCCAUGCGCAGAUGGUUGUUGUUGGAUUUGUUCCUGAUGAAUUUCUUAAGGUCAAGUUACUUAUACUGUAUGCAAAAUCUGGGAAUCUAGAUACUGCUCAUAUACUCUUUGAUCAAUUACGUGAGAAAACUUUGAUUUCAUGGAAUGCAAUGAUAGCAGGUUAUGUUCAGAACAGUCUUGAAGUUGUGGGAUUGAAUCUUUAUCAUAGUAUGAGACAGUGUGGUUUUCUACCUGAUCAGUUCACAUUCUCAUCAGUCUUGAGAGCCUGUGCCACUUUGACAUUACUCGAACAAGGGAAACGAGUCCAUUGUCUCUUGAUAAAGAGUCAGAUUACUGAAAAUGUCGUAGUUAAUUGUGCCCUUAUUGAUAUGUAUUUUAAGUGCAGCUGCCCCUAUGAUGGUCAGUUAGUAUUUGAUACAUCUCCUGUGAGGAAUGUUAUUACAUGGACUUCUUUGAUAUCUGGAUAUGGUCAGCAGGGAAGAGUAAUAGAGGUUUUGGCAUCCUUUAAUAAGAUGAUAUCUGAAAAUUUUAAGCCAAAUUAUGUGACUUUUCUUGCAGUCCUUUGUGCGUGUAGCCAUGGAGGUUUGGUUAACGAAGGUUGGGAAUAUUUUUUGUCGAUGACAAGAGAUUUUGGCAUUAAACCAAGAGGGAAACAUUAUGCAGCAGUUGUUGAUAUCUUAGCAAGAGCUGGAAGGCUAGAAGAAGCCUACACAUUUGUAAGAGACUCACCUUGUAAUGAACGCUCGGUAAUAUGGGGUUCUCUUUUGGAGGCUUGUAAAAUGCAUGGUAACAUGGACAUGUUGAAGUUUGCUGCAAGUAAAUAUUUUGAGUUGGAACCUGAUAAUGCAGGGAAGUAUGUUGUCUUGUCUAAUGCUUAUGCAGCUGUUGGCUUAUGGGACAAGGUCUCUAAAAUAAGGAGUGAAAUGAAGGAAAUGGGAUUAAAGAAGGAGCCAAGUUAUAGCAUGAUUGAGGACCAAAAUGGGGUACACUACUUUUAUAUGGGUCGUAAUCCUCACAAAAAUAUUGAAGGAAUAUACGAGGUUAUUAAAGCAUUGACUUGCAUCCUAAAGGAUGAUGGCCAUGUUCCUGACAUAAGCAGCGUCUGGCAAGAAGAUUAAUGCAGUCAGCUUAAAUAAAGUUGUAGAUGAGGGGGGACCUCAUAAGUUCUUCUGGGGAGGCUAAUUUACUCGAAAGAUCAGGAACCUAUGUGGACUUUGUUUUUUGAUUUAGGUACAGCCUGGUAGGAGUUCGAUGCAAUCAGCAGGUACUACUCAAAGAAAAAGGCUGAACCAUAUAAGUUUCUGAGGUACUAUUUGAGAGACAUGGAUCACCGAGAGUUUGAAGUUGAAGAUAAUUUUGCAAAGUAAAUAAUAUUAGUAUGGGGCACAAUGUAUCCGCUAAUAACAUGACUUACUAAUUUGAAUGGUUCUUGGAAUACAUGUGUGGCCAGUGGCAAGGGCAAGCAACAUCAUGAUGGCAUAAUUGUCUCAGAGUUUUUGGUUCGUUCAGGCCAUGUUGUUGUUUUCUUAACAUAAGCUGGAGAAUUUUUAGGAAAUGUUUAUCUUCAAUUGGUGUAAGUGGCUGCUUAAGGAUGUCAUUUGAAGGAAUUGCAUAAUUUUUACCUUCCAGGUAGCUGAGGAUCGCUCUCCUGUUCCUGUUCAAACCAUUUAGGUUGGCCAUCUUCGUAGAAGUCAAUUUUAUGCUCCACAUCUCUAUUUUCUGUACACCUGGUCUGAAACCUGGGAUAGAAGUGUCAAUUGAUAACAGAAAAAGGGAUCUGCUGAGACCUUUAGAUGACUGUUAUUGAAGAGUAGCUGAAUAGGUGCACUACAAUCAGAAAACAGAAACCAGGUUCUGAGAACCCCAUUGCAAAUUUGUGAUAAGACCCAUGUUUGGAUUCUAUUGUCUGUAAUUCAUUUGGAUCGUGAUGUAACACUGUAUUACUUGCGAAAUAACUUUGGCAAAUGAUAAACUGUGAUGUAACUCUGAAUUACUUGCAAUGUAACUUUCACACCAAGAAUGCUUUUAUUGGGCGUACUAAUUUCUGCUGAACAGACUGAUUCUACUGGAAUGUAAAUUAAGGUAUAUUAUUACUUUUUAAUUUUGCAGGCUAGCAUUUCCUGUUACACUCUAAACUAGCAGUAUGAGCUUAUAAAUUAAUCUGCUAUCAAGUACAAACUUGUGGAUUUCCAGACUACUUUCGCCAUUCUGUUGCUGCCUCCGCAGUUUCUUUAUUACACUGUUGCUGCUGCUGCAGCCUGCUGGACUGGUUUUUCUGCUGCCAUAUAAAUUCAUAUCUCUGCUGUUUUACAGAUUCCAUACAGUUGUAGCCUUGCUUCUAAACUAUGAUCAUUUUGCAAAGCAGGUAUUCACAGAGACUAGAGCACUUGUGCCACUACAUUCUUUUUAUUCAUCAAGAGCUCUCAAACAGCAUUGCUAACGAGAAGCUUAGUUCGCCAUUCUUAUGAAUUUGAAGCUGACCUUCACCCUUUAACUUCAGGGUAGUUCUGCAUGGUGCCAUCCUUUCUUGUCUUUGCUUACUCUGCAGUCUGCCAUGUGAAAUUUACACUUUGUUUCGACACUUACAGGUGACUGAAGCUAGAGAUAUGCAAGAAGCAGAAGCUUUUGGAGGAUAUGUAUAAAUUUCAAGGGUGUUGAUUUUCUGAUGGGGACCAACACAUUUUAGAAUGUGCCUUCUUUUGUUAGGCAGACAGGAAAACUAAAGCAAAAGCCGUCGAUAGCCAAGUCCAGAGCUGUUUGGUUGUGCUUUUAAGUUAUAUCAGAUGGAGAUACUAUUGUACAAGUACUGGUAGACUAGAUGGAGAAAAAACAAUGUGUUUCUUCACUAUUUUUCAAUCAUCUUUAAAGACUUGAUUUCAUGUACCUCUUGGUUUAUAUAUGAGAUUCAAAUGUAGACGGCGAGUAAAGAUAAAACAGCACUGCAAGAUGGUUAUAUAGAAAGACAAUA